AUGCGCUACAUUCUGCUUGCGGGCUUACUCUUGCUCGCGCGAGGUUGCGAUGCGUUCUGGCGAUUGCCUUGCCAAGGCGACGGCGCCGCUCUCGUCUACCAACGUGCUGACCCCAUUACGAACCCUGGCCUCGCGAGCGGUCACGUCCACACCAUCUCGGGCGGCAGCAACUUCAAUCUCGAUGUCGACUUCGAGACGCUGCGGCAGAGCAAGUGCACGUCGUGCAUGGUCAAGCAGGAUAUGUCGAACUAUUGGACGCCGACAUUGUACUUUCACUGGGCGAACGGUUCCUUCACCAGCGUCGAGCAAGUCGGCCUGCUCGUGUACUACUUGCCUCGGAACAACCAGGCGGACAAGGGAAAGGUGCAGGCCUUUCCGGACGGACUGCGGAUGCUUGCGGGCAACCCUUAUCUUCGGUCGUACAACGCUUCAAGCGACAUGGCGAAGGCGAUCGGGGCGAACUGUCUCGGCGGCAAGCUAAACCCGACCCGCAAUCCGUGGCUACCGCCCGAGAACUGCCCAAACGGCCUUCGCCUCGAGGUGAUGUUUCCGUCGUGCUGGGACGGGAAGAAUGUCGACUCGGCCUCGCACCAGUCGCACAUCGCUUAUCCAGCCGGCGGGGAAUCGGGACCUUGUCCCGACACCCACCCCGUCCGCAUCGUCACUCUGUUCUACGAGAUCAUGUGGAGCAUCGACCCGUGGAAGGACAAGUGGAGUCAGGCGAUGAACAAGACGCAACCUUUCGUCCUCAGCAUGGGCGACCCGACAGGAUACGGUCUCCACGGAGACUUCAAUAACGGCUGGGAUCGUGACGUUUUGCAGAAAGCGAUCGAUACGUGCACGGCCGACUCGGGCGUUAUCGAAGAAUGUCCCGUCUUCGAGCUUUACGACUACAAAGACGGCAAGAAUCGAUGCUGGCAAACUCCGUCCGUCAACGAGCAGGUCCUGGGGACUCUUCCUGCCCUACCUGGCUGUAAUCCGGUUCAGUACGGUCCCGGCGACGUGACUGUCUGCUCAGAGAAGAACCCGCCGCCGCUCAACUCGCAAAUCACCGUCUUCGGGCAGCUCGCAGGCGGGAAUUCGACGAUCAAAGUCGCCACAUCUUCGACUGGCGGCCAGUCGUCGAGCUCAAACAGCGGAACGUCCGGCGGAACGAGCGCAGCAGGCGGUGCUGACGCAGCAGCAGCUUCUUCGGGCGGCACUGCAGCCUAUGCAAGCGGCUCACCUGCCGCGAGCUCGGGCGGCGGAGGCGCCGCCGACUCGGCUCCCGACACCGCAGCGUCUCCCUCCGAAACCUCGACAACGGGCGGCAACGGCAAGAUGGCCAUCCUGCUCGGCUUUGCCGGCGUCAUCGUCGUCCUUCUAAUCGCGACAGUGCUCUUUCAGUGCGGAGUAUGCUCUGGCAGUCGCAGCAAGGCGGUGGCAGAUGAGGAAGGUGCCGCAGAGAAACGAGGUCUCGCAUCUUCUUCCUCGGAUUCUGACUCGGACUGCAGUAGCGACGACGGCCGGGAUAGACGGCGAUAG